UCUAUCUGUCUAUCUAUCUAUCUAUCUAUCAUUUGUCAUAUACAGAGGAUAAUAUUAAAUCACAGUGGUGGUUUCGUAGUAAUGUACUGUUAUGAAUAUGUUGUCAGGUACAAACACAGUUUUGCAUUAAAAACACAGUACAAUGUAUUAUUACUGUAAUCAAACAUUACAGAACAUAUCUGCAAAUAUUAAUUACAAUAACUUUCAAGAAUAUAGUUAAUAAUAAGGUACUGUAAAUGUUCAAGUACUGUGUACUUUUGGGACCUUUAGAAAAAAUUCUGAAUAUGAAUAUGUUGUGACAAUUUAGCCCUGAUGGGAUGUUUGGUCUGCUAUCAUGGUAGUGGUUCUUGCAUAGAAAACUUAUCCUGAAAGUGGGUGAGAAUGCUUUCUGGGGGAUUAAGGUUAGAAACUCCUCCUUCCCACUGUAGCUACUUCCUUUGGAGAAUCUCAGGCUCUCUCUGUAUCACUAAGAUGGACUUGCACUGGUGGAAGGCGUUCAGGAUUUGAGGCUUUACAGUUGGUCUGCAAGUUAGAUUGCAGUCAGGAUCUGAAAUCUGGAGGUGGCCUGGGAUUGGAUUUGGAGUGGAAUGAAAGGCCUUUAAGGGGCUCACAUGGAAACUUGAAGCUAAUCUGGAAGUUAUCGUUAGUGGGGAGUUUGGAGCCUGGGACUCUGGAAGUAAUAGAUUUGUUCUUUUAUUUAUUUGGAGACGUUUAAACCAGGAACUUGAGCAUUCUCUUCUGGAUUGAAGAGUUUGGUGGCUAUUAUCUAUCAGAAUAACUGUAAUGACUGCCAACAGCAUGCCUAAGCAAGUGGAGGUACGAAUGCAUGAGAGCCACCUGGAGCCCAUCGAGGCCACACCACACUCAAAAUGUGCCCUCAUCUGCCAGAAGAUGCUCAAGAACCUGCUCCUCACACUCACUGUAAUGGGUGUGAUAUUGGGAGCUGUAGCUGGUAUGCUUCUGCGUGUGGCCUCUCCUAUCGAUGACAACAUUGUCAUGGUAAUUGCAUUCCCUGGCGAUAUUCUAAUGAGGAUGCUAAAAAUGCUUAUCCUUCCUCUCAUCAUUUCCAGUUUAAUCACAGGUCUUGCAGGUCUGGAUGCCAAGUCUAGUGGCCGUCUUGGUACUAGAGCAAUGAUUUACUACAUGUCCACCACUAUAAUUGCCGCCGUGCUGGGAGUAAUAUUGGUGUUGAUUAUCCAUCCUGGCAACCCCAAACUAAAGGAAAACCUUGGGGAGGGACUCAAGAACGAUGACGUCUCUAGUCUUGAUGCUUUUUUUGACCUCAUUAGGAACCUCUUCCCUGAGAACUUGGUGCAGGCUUGCUUCCAGCAGAUCCAGACUGUUGUGAAGAAGGUUGAGGUUGAGCCAGAAUAUGACACCAACAGUUCCACGCAGAACUUCCUUUCGGGUGCCACUAAGCCUCCUCCCAUAUUCAAGGAAAAGAAGUCCCUACAGUAUAAGAGUGGAAUGAAUGUUUUGGGUGUGAUUGGAUUCUUUAUUGCCUUUGGAAUCUGCAUGGGGAAGAUGGGUGAGAGGGCAAGGCUUAUGAUUGACUUCUUUAACAUCCUGAAUGAGAUUGUGAUGAAGCUGGUCAUUAUGAUCAUGUGGUAUUCUCCCUUCGGUAUUGCCUGCUUGAUCUGUGGCAAAAUUAUCUCCAUCAAGGAUUUGGAAGUAGUGGCCAGACAGCUGGGGAUGUACAUGGUCACAGUCAUCAUUGGCCUCAUCAUUCAUGGUGCCAUAUUCCUACCAUGCAUUUACUUUGCCAUUGUGAGAAAAAAUCCCUUCAGCUUCUUCAUAGGCAUCUUCCAAGCCUGGAUCACUGCCCUGGGAACAGCUUCAAGUGCUGGCACACUUCCUGUCACCUUCCGCUGUCUAGAGGAGAACCUGGGCAUUGACAAGAGAGUAACACGCUUUGUACUGCCUGUUGGUGCAACAAUCAAUAUGGAUGGCACUGCUCUUUAUGAGGCAGUAGCUGCUAUCUUCAUUGCCCAGAUGAACGGCAUUGACCUGGACCCUGGCCAGAUUGUCACAGUCAGUCUUACAGCUACACUGGCCAGCAUUGGCGCUGCCAGCAUUCCCAGUGCAGGGCUGGUAACCAUGCUGCUCAUUCUAACUGCAGUGGGACUUCCGACUCAGGAUAUCAGUCUUCUGGUAGCUGUUGACUGGCUUCUGGAUCGUUUCCGUACCUCUGUCAAUGUGGUGGGUGACUCAUAUGGUGCUGGGAUCGUGUAUCAUUUGUCUAAAGCUGAGCUGGAUGCCCUGGAUGCUCAGCAUGGGAACUCUGAUGACAUAGAGAUGACCAAGACACAGUCCUAUUAUGAUGACCUCAAGAACCAUCAUGAAAACAACUCCAACCAGUGCGUCAUUGCUGCUCCAAAUUCAGUCAUAGUAGAUGAGUGCAAGAUAACCUCGGCAACCACAAAUGGCUCGACUACGGAGUAUGCGCUCAUUGAAGAGGAACCACGAAAGAGUGAUUAAUGCGAGCACACAGACCCCUUCUGUAUCCAAGUCUCCAAGCUUUUUAUCUACUGAAAAAAGAGAGGAAUAAAAAGACCUGCUAAAAUCAUGCAAACAGAACAAAUAAUGUGUUUUGUAGUUUAGGCUUUUAUGAUUCCCCAAUUAAGUUCAUUUUAUCUGAAAUAACAUAUACUAAUGUAAAGAGGGAUUAUAAACACAUUGUCUGAUAGUGCCCUAACGUGCCUAUGAACUAACACUUGCACAAAAAAGCAAGGCUUGGCUGGGCAAAAGUAGAAAUAAUAUAUUGUAUACUUUAAGUUAUUCCUGAUAUUAAUAUAUACCAUAUGCAUUCUAUGUCUCUCAGAACUUGUACUAUGUGAAUAGUUAAUGACUUUAAGAUAUUAGGGAGAGAGUACACAGAAAACCCAUCAGUUCAGUUUGAACUAAACAAGCCUGAGCAGAGCCAAUGCCUUCCUGUUCUUUUACCGCAAUAGUCAUUUACCCCCAUAUAACCUCACUCCAUGAUCUCUGGCCUACAGUGUCUGGCACAAUUUGUUAAUGCCUUUACUAUCUGAGUGUGUCUGAGAUCCCCAGUCAUCUGCAGGCAGAUCUGGGCUUGUGUAACACCACCA